AAAGAACAAACUGCUGCUUUCCUUGCAUUUGUAAAUAGUCAACGUCGCUACCGUAGUGAUUUAUUCAACUAUACAAUAUUCAACUUAAACAAGCACGGAAUAAAUUAGGAUGCGUCACCUGUACUACAGCGGUGUCGCGUGGAUAAUCUACAUCACGAACCUAAUAUACACCAAUGCCGAAUCAGAGAGUCGAGAAGGAAUAAGAGCCCUUCCUUUUCCGUCGCAGCGAGGCGUCCGCACAUUAAGAAAUACACUAUCUAGUCUGGACGAUUACCUGGCUGAAUUCCAGAAGCGGACGUGUCAGUUCGGGUUGAACAGCCACCACUGUGCCCUGUCCGCCCUAGACAGUGCGAUGGGAACCAGCGAGUGGCUCAGUAGCGGCCGAAGUCCCGGCAAGCGCGCCCUGCCACCUAACGAGCCUGUCACGGAACACGAGUACAUUCUGUUGUUAGAUGAUAUCACAGAGAAGAGGGACCAUCUGCAUGAGCUACAGCGCCUGCUCGACACCGCCAUAUCUAAGCUCACAGACAAAAGUAAGAGGACAUGCAUGUUCAACCUAGGAGGCCGCUGUGCCACGGAGCUCGCCUCCGCCAUUGCCGACCAGUACUACUACCUAAAUGGCCCUUCUAGCCCAGGCCGACGCCGUCGCCGAGACACUAGGAGCACUGUUCGGGUCUAACAACGCCCCCAGACCGACCAUUCCACGGCGUAUAGACAGGAAUCAGAGGAAUAUCUCCAUUUGUGAUUAACAUUUACAUGUACUGCAUAACAAUAUCAUGCCACAUAUAUUACUCCAUAUUUCGUAUAAUUUAUCAUGUUAAGAUUUGAAUAAAAGAUACAAUAAAG